AUGUCUAUAGUCGCCAAGAUUGCUGCGAUGCAGCGACAUCGUGCCGCCGCCGCCGAGACUCCAGAUAAUCUUCUGGAUGUGAGAGUCACUUCUGAAUCAUCAACUACCUCAAGGAACGGCCAGUCUACCAUGGACACUGGACUCCGAGGUCUAUGCCAGUCCACGCAGUCUGUGGGUCUAGAAGAUCAUGUAGCUACCGAGGCCUCAGAAGAAGCACCCGACAUGCUACGACUCAGCGCAGAUCCAGAGAAGCUCGCCAUUGCUGAAGACAAUGCUGAAAACUCACCUCUCCUCCGUCUGCCAGCUGAGAUCCGCAACACCAUCUACGACUUGGUUCUCAGCUCUCACCGCGACUUCCACACCUUCGAUGUCGCACGCCAGAAGAGUAUGCGGCAGAAUGGUGGAAGCGAAACUACUAUACAACAGCUCGCUUUGUUGCAAGUGUGCCGCCAACUCUACACCGAAACCAACCUUAUCGCCCUCAACUCUACACCUUUCGCCUUCGGCUCUGUCACCGACUUCUCCAAGUACCUCGCUCAGACACUGCUCCCUCGACAAAUCAGCGCUAUAGCCGUGCUCAAGUGCCCAUUCCGCGAGAUCUACUUCCCUGGCUUCGGCGUAAACUCUGCGUUUAUCGGGCUCCUUCGUGACAGUUUACGUGGACUGAAGGUGCUGGUACUGUUUGGAGUGAGGAGUAAGGCCGUCGAGGAGGAGGCGAUGCGGGUCAUAGAGAGGAAGAUCGCGAGGGAGAUUAAAGAGGGGUGUGAGGAGCUGGAGGUGAAGGUUGAGUUGACGAGGAAUGGUUUGCAGUGGCGCAAGGAGGUCGCAUCGGUCUAUGGCCGUGGAGAGCGGAGCUUGGGCGCAGAGUGA